AUGAUUCGUGGAUCAUCGUUACGUAUCAAUGUUAAAAAAUCGGCAGUUCGUCACUUUGUUUCGUCUGCUAGAAUACAAACGAAAUACACCACUUUAAGCAAUGGGGUAACCAUCGCUACUGAAGCAGACCCAAAUGCUUAUCAUUCAACAGUUGGUUUUUAUUUCGGAGCAGGAUCAAGGUCAGAACACUUGUACAGUAACGGUGUUUCUGCGUUGACCACCAAUAUUUUGUCGACAGGAGUCAAGAAUGGAUCGCUUUUGACGAGCUACAACACCAAGGAAGUCAACGGAAUUGUUGCUCAUACUACCAAUGAGAAUGUUAAGGAAGCUGCUAAAGUAGUCUCGGAAAUUGCAACAAAUGCUGCCGCCAUCUUGGAAAGAGCCGACUUUGGAGCUGCUAAGGUAGCUUUGUCAGCGGAAGCGAAUGCAGUCGAAAAUAAUCCAUCCAAGAAAGUAUUGGAACAUUUAAAUGCCACAGCAUUUCAAGGCUACUCAUUGGGUCUACCAACAUUAGGUACUAGUGAUACAAUUCAAUCUUUGGAAUCGCAAGAUUCCUUACGUUUGUUGGAAAAGCAUGUUGUUGGUUCCAACGUUGUCGUUGCCGCAUCAGGUAACUUUAACCAUGAUGAGUUGGUAGAUGCAAUUGAAGGAAACCUCAGAGUUCCACAUGGAGCCAAGGUUGACCCCAAGCCAGCUUCCUUUUUAGGAUCCGAGGUGAGAAUGAGAGAUGACACAUUGCCAAAAGCAUAUGUUUCAAUUGGGGUUCAAGGUGAAGGCAUCUCUUCUCCAGCUUAUUAUGUUGCCAAAGUUGCUGCAGCAAUUUAUGGUGAUUUUGAUCAUCAAUCAGCAUUUGCUAAAUUUACAUCUCCAAAAUUAGCCUCCAUUGUCCAAGAUUAUCAUAUUGUCGAUAAAUAUCACCAUUUUUCGACGUCUUACUCAGACACAGGUUUGUGGGGAUUUAACUCAGAAAUAUCUAAUAUCGAGCAAAUUGAUGAUUUUGUCCAUUUUGCCUUGAAACAAUGGAACAGGUUAUCCAUCUCAAUCACUGAUGCUGAAGUAGCUCGUGGUAAGGCAGCUGCAAAAACUAACCUUUUGAAAGAAUUGGGCACUCCUAAUGGAAUUGCUUCAGAUAUCGCUAACAAGGUUUUGUUAGUUGGCUACAGAACUUCUUUGAAGGAAGCUUUAGAAAAAAUCGACGCUAUUACUACUAAAGAUGUUAAAGCUUGGGCCCAGGUCGCUUUGUGGGAUAAGGAUAUUGUUAUUUCGGGUACUGGCCAAAUUGAAGACUUAUUGGAUUACAACCGUUCCAGAAAUGAGAUGGCUAUGUUAAGAUGGUAA